AGCGACCCCUCGGUUGGAGCUUCAGUUCAACAAUCAGUUGUUUGUGUUGUUUAGUGUUCACUUGAUUGUCUUUAAUUUUCACUCUUUCAGUUGAUUUAAUUUCUUAAUUUAGUUUGAUUUUCAUCACCAUGUCAUGAAUUCAUUGAUACUCCAAAAGUGAAAAUGUUUCGAUAUUUGUCCAAACGCUUUAGAAGAACUAGAAAUAAAUUUAUUCGGGUUGGAAGGAGAGGUUUUCCUGAGAAAGAUGAAAAUGAUCAACCGAUAAUCAUUGUAAAUCCAGAGAAUUACUCUGGACAAUUUAGCCGAAAAAAUUAUAUCUAUUGUAAGAUAAUGUUAUUAGAUGAAACCAAUUUGACUGCUUAUGUUCAUAGACAGGCCAAAGGACAAGAAUUUUUCCAAAGUAUUGCCAAUCAUCUUGAUCUGAAAACUGAAUUUGAUUAUUUUGGCCUCCAAUACACGGAUACAACUUCAGUGCAACAUUGGCUUGAUUUAACUAAAUUGGUCAAGAAACAAAUAACCAUUGGACCUCCUUACACUUUCCACAUGAAGGUUAAAUUUUAUUCCUCUGAUCCAAGUGGAUUAAAAGAUGAAUAUGUACGUUACCUGUUUUUCCGUCAACUCAAACAAGACCUGGUAACAGGAAAAUUACCUUGUGAUAAACCGACCACAGCUAAACUUGCAGCUCUCUCAUUGCAAUCAGAGUUUGGUGAUUAUGAAUCUGAUUGUCAUGAUAUUGGCUUUGUUUCUGAGUUUAGGUUUGUCCCAGAACAAGAUGAGAGUCUUGAAGAGAUGACAUUAGAAGAAUGGAAAAAACUUAAACCUAAACCGAUCGAAAAUGAAACCAUGUCCGAUACAAUUUCAAUGACUUCAACAACUUCCAUGAAUCCUGCUAAUGCUGAAAGAGCUUUUCUCAACAAAGCGAAGUGGAUUGAAAUGUAUGGUGUCGAUAUGCACACUGUCAUUGGUAGAGAUGGGAAUGAAUAUUCAUUAGGCCUAACACCCUCUGGAAUACUCGUGUUUGAAGGGACAGUCAAGAUGGGCCUUUUUUUCUGGCCGAAAAUCAUGAAUUUAGAAUUCAAAGGAAAAAAACUUUUUCUGGUUGUUGUUGAGGACGAUGAACGUGGCCGUGAGCAAGAACAUACAUUUGUCUUCCGUAUGCCAACAGUUAAAUUAUCUAAACACUUAUGGAAAUGUGCCAUUGAAUAUCAUGCCUUUUUCCGUCUUAAAUCAACUCAAAUUGCUGGUCCUGUUAAUCAACGAAAAGCAUUGAUGAGAAUGGGCUCUCGUUUCAGAUUCUCUGGGCGAACUGAAUUUCAAGCUACUCAAUCUAAAAUUAAAGCUAAAGAACCAGAUAGAAAAUUUGAGCGAAAACCUUCUCAAAGAUAUACUAGUCGUAGAAGAGUAAAUCUCUCGGAGGGCACGGAAUAUGUUGAACAUCUAAAGGACAAAGAAUCUCAAUCUACGAAAAGAAACUCAGAAAAUACUCGACACAACAAGAGAAACAGUCGAACCAAUAUUUUAGCGACAUUCGAUUUGACUAAGAAUGACGACAAUAACCCAGAAAGAAAAAGAACCGAUUCCCCAGGAGAGUUCGCUAAAUCAACGGAGAAGAAAACGAAAACAACUAACAAACAAACUUCUUCGAAUGAAUAUUUGACUAUUCCUUUAGUGGACGAUGAAGAUUUUGAAGAUGACGAGGAAAUAGUUACUAUCGAAGUGAACAACAAGAAAGACAGCGGAGAAAAUAUUUCCAAGGAAAAGAAACAAUCAACUGAAGAAGUGAUUAAAGCAAAGGAGAACAUUAAAGUGGAAAGUGAAAUAAUUCCAGCCAUGGCUAAUAUAAAAUUGUCUUCAGAGAUUAAGAAAUCAACUGAUAUCGAGAAAAGAGUGCCAAAUAAUUCACCAAUUGACGACAAUUUAGACCCAAUUUACGAGAAUAUUCAACCGCCACCUCUCGAACUGUUUGAUUACGAUUUUGUUGACCUUUUACUAGAUAUUCCAAGUAUAACAACUAAUCCAUUUUUAAUCGACAUUGAUGAUAAUAUCGAGCCAAUCGAUGGUAACGAAGCCGCUGAUUCUCACGCAACUCUUGAUGAUGAUAUUAACUCAUCUGAAAGUAUUAACGGUAAAGAUGAGAGACGAGGAGAGACCAAUGGUAAUAAUAAAGCUAAAACAAUCAUCGAUAUCACACCGAUAUUGAUUAAAGAUGUUGGAAGCAAGAAAGUGGACAAUUUAAAGAAUCAUGUGAACAAUUUAACAACGACAAACACAACAACGAGCACAACAAUAGCCAUGGAUGAGGAUAACGAUGAAAGUGAUACGAUGAAUGAAGAUGAUGAACCUUUAAUUACAGAGACUUCGUUUGCAACGAUAAUUCCUGUUACCAAGUCAAUUACUUUACCUAAAGUAGGAUCAACAUCCCCACCAACAACACCGCCAUCAAAUUAUCACCAAUCACCUAAUCAAUUAAUUGAUAAAAUUGAUAAAGAAGGACGAAGAAAAAACCACAACAAUUUACCUAAACGAUCAAAUACAACAAUCUCCAAAACAAGAAUCAUCUCAACAGACUUAUGAUUAAAUGGAUUAACAAGAGAUUAAGCUCUAAUCCAUUGGAUGUAAGAGAUUAAGAAAUGAAAAGUUGUCAAACUUUUAACAAUGAAACGAGUUAAUUGGUUGAUCCAACUCGAAAUCAUUAACAAAAACUUUACUCAAAGAAAAAGAAAACAAGGUAAUCAAUUAAUUGUAAAAUGUAAAUAUAUUUCCAAAUGAUUAAAUUAAAAUUUUUACAGUGACAAAAA